AUGUUGUCUGCUAAAGUGGUGUUCUAUUUAUCCAUAUGCUACUCUCUCCCAUCUAUUAUCCUGUACUGUCUAACCAUGACAGUCAUUUUCAAGUACGGUAGUACAUUCAACUCUUCGUUCUUUGUUUUAUAUCUCUACGAUUCAUUAAUGAACCUAUUCACGUAUACUGUUGGAUUUUACAUGAUGCGCUUAAACAGUGUCACCUGCGAAAAUUGCGGAACUGCGUUCUUAUACAAAAAUGCUGCGGACUAUUUCCCAAUGAACUUCUUGACCGCCAUGAGCUACCAUAUGGCAUAUGUACAGUACUCUACAACCGCCUUGAUAUCCUUCAACCGGAUGACUGUUCUCUGGAACUAUAAGUUCUUUGAACCGCUCUGGAAGCGAUUCACGUGGCUCAUCGGAUUCAUUGUAUUCGCUGUACCUUUCAUGGAUACUCAUCGUUGCUUCUAUUAUAAAACUGUCAUACAGUAUAAAAAUGAAACAGAAAGUUACGCAUUAGUUACUCCUAUGCCUAUCAGUGACAAUUUUGAGUAUCUCAUUCCUGCAAUGGUUAUUAUCACUCUGAUGUCAGUUGGUGUCAAUGUUCAUAGUUUUGUAACCCUCCGACAACUGAAAAGUCAGAAAAGAAACCAUGUAGAGACUAAUUUCAUCUUCAUCACUGUCAUCACAUGUUUCGUUCAAUUCCUCGGAUGCUUUCUCAGUGUCAUCCGUGUUAUGUGGGCUAAUAAUCCUAUCUCUGGGUUCCUUGCAUCGAUUCUUCCAUUUGUCAGCGAUAGUCUUACCCUCGUUCAACCAUGGCUCCUGUGUGCUUUCAGUACAUUGAUGCGAAAAAAAAUGAAGGAGAUGAUGGGGAUUCCGUCAACCAAGAAUGGAAGUGUUGUGAUUGUUCGGUCGGUCACCAAUUGA